CCCUCGGUGCGUUUUCCUCCCCCACGAAAGGUCUUCGUUUUUACAACUGAUUCCUCUGGAGCAGAAAAAAUGCGAGCAGAAUCAGUAGAGCACACAAGGAAUCGAAGAGCCUCGUCCGAUUUGAUCAGUCGUUGUCUGACGUCCUUCGUCUCUUUUUCUCUAAUUCAGCUGGCCCUUUACAUGCUUCUUUGCUUCUUCCCCAACUCCUCUCUCCUCACCUUCCUCUCUCUCUCAGCUGUAGCAAUGUUGGCACUGGCUGCUGUUGGGAGAUGCUGCAAGAGACUACUUCGACUCCGAGCGUCGGCGCCGGCCUUUGUUUUUCUCAAUAUUAUGUUCGGUUGGGGUGUUUAUAUUGGAGUAAUUCGACAAGUCAUUUCACCUUUGAUGGACUUUAUUCUGAAUACAGAGUUCGUUAUGCUCAUGGUUGGUCUAUGCAGUAUCCUGUCAACAGACCCUGGUUUUGUAACGACUGAAUCUUCCCAUCUCAACAAGUUUGUAGAGCGCCCUGUAUCAGUAUUUGAAGCACAUUCAAAUGAAUUGGUGCCAUCAACUUGUGACAUGCCCUAUGAGUUUUCUGUCGAAGAAACCGCUAUUCCACUCCAGAGAGUCAGAUAUUGUGGGCACUGCAAGGCUUAUGUAAAGGGGUUUGACCACCACUGUCCUGCUUUUGGGAACUGUAUAGGUCAGAAGAACCAUGUCCUCUUUAUAAUCCUCCUUGCUGGGUUUGUUCUUACUGAAGCUUCAUAUGUAGCAAGCUCAGCUCAGUACACUGCAAAGGUUAAGAUCCUGGAUAAAACUAGGCAACUGGCUAGUUUGUCUAUAAAUUUGGCAACCAGCACAAUGAUAUUCUCCCUUCUCCAAUUGCUAUGGCAGGGAGCGUUCCUGGCAUGGCAUAUUUAUUGUGUUUGUUUCAACAUCAGAACUGAUGAAUGGAUAAAUUGGAAGAGGUAUCCAGAGUUCCAUCUGAUUGUCCAUCCUGAACCAGGGCAAACCCCAAGUCGAAGCGAAACAAGGUUUACAAAUCCAUAUAACAAGGGCAUUCUGUCGAAUGUGAAGGAGUUUCUGACAGCAGUAGAAUAAUCAGCACAGCAUGCUCGGCAUAUGCACUGUUCUCUGUUGCAGCAAGAUGUGGUUUCUUUACACAGCUGCAUAUUGAUUGAUAGCUAUGUGAAUUUCCAUGGAUCAGUCUCCAGUUGCAUUUAACUUGAUAUCGUGUGGAGACAAAAUGAGGUUACAAACGCUACAGAUCGUCUGGAGCCUUCAGCUGGGGAUUUUCUUUCCAAACAGAGGCAACCCCAAGGUCAAUCUCUUUUCUGUGUGAUAUAUUAACCUUUAAAUUCUUCUCAUGUGUCUGUAUAACCCAUCAAGAGAGAGAGAGAGAGAAGACCUAAUAACCUUGAGGUUGGAGAGGAGAAUAGGGGACUCGAAAAAUGUUCUCACUUGUAUAGUAAUCUGCAGAGAACAUCUGUGAGAGAGAGAGAGAGAGAGAGAGAGAGAGAGAGAGAGAGAGAGAGAGCUUUUUAAUUUGACCCGAAAAAUGUUGUCAUUUGUAUAGUAAUCUGCAGACAACAUCUGCUUGUACAAAAAAAUUAACUUCGGUGUCACAAUUUUAUUCUUCUCUUGUAGAGCUGAUCCAA